AUGAACCGCCUCGGGGCCCGCUGCUGCUGCUACUGGGGAUACUGGGAGCACUGGGACCCCCGGCCGCGGGGCAGGACCCGGGCCUGGCCCCGAGCCCCACCCCACCGCCCGCCCCAACGCCACCAGGCCGGUGUUCCCGUGCGGGGGGGACCACCGAGGGAGUCAGGGUUCAUCGCCAGCGAGGGCUUCCCGGCACUACCCCCGGCAGCAACUGCACCUGGACCAUCACGGUCCCCAAGGGCCCAGGUGGUCACCCCCACACCCCAUAACACCUCCUCAGGUCCCCGAGGGCCAGGUGGCCCUGUCCCCGAGGGCCAGGUGGCCACCCUGUCCUUCCGCGUCUUCGACCUGGAGCCGGACCCUCUGUGCCGCUUCGACUCCCUCUCGGUGUUCGGGGGGCACGGCCCGGGGGCGCCGCUCCUGGGGCGUUUCUGCGGCACCUUCCGCCCGGGGGCUCUGCGGGCCCCCCAAAACCGCCUCAGGCUGCGCAUGGAGAGCGACGGCGGCACGGCGGCAGGGGCUUCCUGGCCUGGUUCAGCGCCCGGCAGCCCCCGCCAGCGGGCCCCCAGGACAGCGGCGCUCAGGGCUCAAAAUAAGCCCCAUUUUUUUCGGGAGUCCUGGCACUAUUUUGAUGAGCACCAAUUUUGUGGGGGGCGGCUGGAGAAGCCCCAGGGGAGCCUGAACACCCCGAAUUGGCCCGAGGAGAAUUAUCCCCCCGGCAUCAGCUGCUCCUGGCACAUCGUGGGACCCCCCGACAAGGUGGUGGAGCUGCGGUUCGGGAAGUUCGACGUGGAGCCCGACCCCCACUGCCGCUACGACUACGUGGCCGUCUUCGAGGGGGGGGCUCGGGACGACGCGCGGCGCCUCGGGAGCCCCAUCGUCUCCUCCACGCCGGAGCUGCUGGUGCAGUUCGUGUCCGACCUGAGCGUCACCGCCGACGGCUUCUCCGCCUCCUACACCCCUGCGGGACCCUGGGAGCCCCGAGACCCCCAGCCCCGGGAAAACCCCGGGAGUGUUGUGGUGACCGGGACGGUGAAAUCGCUGUCGAGGGGACCCCCCCAGGAGCCGGGCUGGGCCGUGGUGUCCCUGCUGAGCAUCCCCAAGGUCGGGGGGCUGGGGGUCCCCACCCCACCCAAGGGGGCCACGCUGCGCCUGCAGCUGCCCUGCCGCCUCUGUCCCGCCCUCAAGAAAGGCUCCAGCUACGUCCUGAUGGGGCGGCUGGGGGGGGACGGGGGGGCCCUGCUGCCCCCCGACUCCUUCGUGGUGCCCUACCGGCCACAGCAGCAGCAGCAGGUGCUAAACAACCUCAGCAAGAGGCCGUGUCGGGGGAGCCCCUGA